AUGGCGCCUACAAUUAAGAACGUUGCGCUCGCCGGAGCCGGUGGAAACCUUGGACCUUCCCUCCUGAAAGAGCUCAUGGACUCUAACAAGUUCAACAUCACCAUCCUGACACGCAAGGCCGGGUCCCAAAAGUUCCCUUCUGGCGUCAUGGUCAGGGAGGUUGACUACGAAUCCCUCGACUCCCUGACCCAAGCCCUCAAGGGCCAGGACGCCCUCGUCAACUCGACUAACAGCUUCGAUCCCAAGGUCGCGACCCGCUUCGUCGACGCCGCCGCAGCAGCCGGCGUCUACCGCUACAUCCCACCCGACUUCGGCCUGGACCCGGAGCGCGCCCACGUGCCGAGCCUGCCCGUCUUCGGCAUCAAGACCCUGACGCGCCACCACAUGAAGCAAAAGGCCGCCGAGAACGACGGCAGGUUCACCUGGACCAUCAUCGCCAACGGCCCCUUCCUCGACUGGGGUAUCCGGUCCAGCUUCAUGGGCGUUGACGUCAAGAACAGGAAGCUCUCCCUCUUCAACGACGGCGAAAACGUCGUUCCCUACACGAUGCUCGCCGACGUUGGCAAGGCCGUCGCGGGCACGCUGCUCUACCCCGAUGAGACGGCCAACAGGAUCGUCUACGUUCAAUCUACCGUCAAGUCGCAGAAGCAGAUGGGUACCCUUGCCCAGGAGGCCGUCGGAGGGUCGUGGGAUACCACCACUGUUGAUGUCGAUGCUAUCUAUGCCAACUGCAUAGAGUCCAUCAAGAAGGGCAUUAUGACGCCCGAUGUCAUGUACCCGCAGCUCUUAUAUGCCUGUUCCAAGAAGGAGUUUGCUCAGCCGUGGGAGAAGAGCGACAAUGCGCUGUUGGGCGUGAAGGAGAUGAGCGAUGAGGAACUGAAGGCUGUUUGCAAGCAGAUCGCCUCGGAGUAG